AUGCAGAUCUUCGUCAAGACUCUUACCGGCAAGACCAUCACUUUGGAGGUCGAGUCGAGCGACACUAUCGACAAUGUCAAGAGCAAGAUUCAGGAUAAGGAGGGCAUUCCUCCUGACCAGCAGCGCUUGAUCUUUGCUGGCAAGCAGCUUGAGGAUGGCCGCACCCUCUCUGACUAUAACAUCCAGAAGGAGUCCACCCUUCACCUUGUUCUUCGUCUCCGUGGUGGAAUGCAGAUCUUCGUGAAGACCCUCACUGGAAAGACUAUUACCCUCGAGGUUGAGUCGAGCGAUACCAUCGACAACGUUAAAAGCAAGAUCCAGGACAAGGAAGGUAUUCCUCCCGACCAGCAGCGUUUGAUCUUCGCUGGUAAGCAGCUCGAGGAUGGUCGUACUCUGUCGGACUACAAUAUUCAGAAGGAAUCUACUCUUCACUUGGUUCUGCGCUUGCGUGGUGGUAUGCAAAUUUUCGUCAAGACUCUCACUGGAAAGACAAUCACACUGGAGGUUGAAUCAUCCGACACGAUCGACAAUGUGAAGUCAAAGAUUCAAGAUAAGGAGGGCAUUCCUCCUGACCAGCAGCGUCUCAUUUUCGCCGGCAAGCAGCUCGAAGAUGGUCGCACUUUGUCCGAUUACAACAUUCAGAAAGAGUCUACAUUGCACUUGGUCCUUCGUCUUCGUGGUGGUAUGCAGAUCUUCGUUAAGACACUCACCGGCAAGACUAUCACCUUGGAAGUUGAGAGCUCGGACACUAUCGAUAACGUUAAGUCGAAGAUCCAAGACAAGGAGGGUAUUCCCCCAGACCAGCAACGUCUUAUCUUUGCUGGUAAGCAGCUAGAGGAUGGACGCACGCUCUCCGACUACAACAUCCAGAAGGAGAGCACCUUACAUCUGGUUCUACGUCUCCGUGGUGGAAACUAA